ACGUUCCUCUCGAAGAGCACAGCUCGCCCUCUCUGUGCCACUGUACUGCUCUGUGUAGCAGUAUUUGCGGAUGUACUUGUUUGGGAUUUGACGGUCAGACUAAAAUAUGUCGCCUUCUGAAGUCAUGUGACGCAGUGGACAUGACAGUUACUGAAGAUUAUUGGAGAUACCACGUUCUUACGCCACAAGAUCUACCUGGUGAUUGUAAAACCCUUUACGAUAGAGGAUAUAGAGCGUCGGGUGUGUACACUAUAUAUCCCUGGGAGAGAUACAGUCCUGUUUGUCGUUCUAUCAAAGUCUUCUGUGACAUGGAAACCAAUGGAGGGGGAUGGACUGCAAUACAAUUUCGAAAAACAGGAUCGGUUAACUUUACCCGGAAUUGGGCUGAUUACAAGGAUGGGUUCGGAAAUCCAGAAACAGAUUAUUGGAUUGGAAAUGACGCAAUUUACCAACUAACAAAAGAUCGUCCAUCACUGUAUGUUUCGCUCACACGAAAUAAUGUAAAUACAAAAUACGAGAUUUAUAACCAGUUCUCUGUUUCGGAUGAAAACGACAACUAUAGACUCUUCCUUGCUGAACCAGCAACAGGGACACUAGGUGACAAUAUGUUAAAUACAGAUCGUGUAAUCGCCGGAAUGGGAUUCACUACUAUAGACCGAGAUAAUGACAACAAAGGCGGCGGAUAUAACUGUGCUGUAGCCAUGGCCGGGGGCUGGUGGUUCAAUGCUUGUCAUCGCGCCUUCCUUAAUGGCCCCUGGGCCUCGGAGAAUUGGCGGGAACCAUGGUCACCGGGUCUUAUGAAUGGAAUGGAUAUCAUUGAAACUAAAAUGAUGAUAAAACCUCGUUAAGUACACUUAGCUUUCUUUAGUCUUUUUAAUUUAAAUCUUGGUGAAUUUACCAAAAAUGUCUUUGAAAGAAUGUAAUUUGCAUUAAGAUUACAAGU